GGAGGGGAGGGAGAAACUAGCCUUCCUCGCGAGCUCUCGGGCGCCCAGCGCAUGCGCCACUCCACUCCGGAAGUGAGUCCAAGGAGGGCGCGUCACCAUAGCGACCGAGGCCUCUUCCGCAGCAAGGUGCUGCGGCUCCACCUGAGCCUCUUUGGGUUCAUUUCCUCCUUCUGCCCCGGGGACACUUCAUCAUCUCGCCAAAUGAUCGGGCCCUUGUGACGUUGAGCCGAACCAGGAGGAGUCAGGGCCUGGGUGGGGAUGGGGCGCGACCACCCCGCGGGCCGCUGGUGGGAUGGGUCUGUGGAGGUCCAAGCUGCCUCAGAUGGGCCGGGCCCUGAGACCCCAGGAGAAGGGUAACAUCGCGGGGGCGGCUGGCUCACGGGCGGGGGGGAGGAAGGAGGCUGUGAAGGGCGUGAGGGGGGUGCAGGUGUCCAACACCCCAAGUCCAGCGUGCACACGCCCCCCUGCCCCCCGUGAUAGUAACACAACUGCACAUGCUCAAGGAUCAGCCAUGCUGAUCCACUUGGGCACCUGCUGUGCGGGGUUCCGGGCACUCCAGGGUGAAUGUGUCAAACUAGCUCCCUGGCCUGGAGAUGAGAGUGUAGUGAAGGAGACAGUCUCAGAAAAUGGCAUCUACAAGCAGGAGGGAACAGGGCUGCCACAGGGAAAGAAGAGCCGGGUCUCAGGUCUCAGGGAGGAGGGGAGAUUUAAGCUGGGCCCUGUGAGUUGCUAGGAAUUCACUAAGCCAAGGCGGAGGGAGGCAAGACACCAACAUUGCAUUAUAAACUACUGCACUCCAUGGGCAUUCCUGGUAGCCGUGGACGUUCAUUUACUCAUCGCCCACUACUAUAAGUCAGGAACUGUGCCAAGUAAUAGAAACAUAGGGACCAGCAAGACAGAAACAGUCCUUGCCCUCGUGGAGUAUAGAGUCUGGCGGCAGAGACAGACAAGAACAAGUAAACAGGCAAACUCAUCGCUGAUCAUGGCCGCUGCUAUGGAGGAAAUGGAGCUCUGGGAUGGAAUGAUGGGGAGGGAGUCUCUUAGAGAAAGCCUGAUGGGGGGGGGGGGCUGUGACCUGAAGGUAGUGGAGGGGGGACUUACCGUGCAGGGGGAGCAUCAGGAGAGGGCUGAGUGUGGCAAGCUUAAGGGACAGAAGAGGCCACUGGGGCUAGAGCAGAGUGGAGGAAGAGAAGGGUGGUGUGGGAUGGUCUGGAGGAUGGGCGAGUUCCUGCCCUGCUCUGAGCCUGUUUCCGCAACUGUAGAAUGGGAUGAUAGAGUCAUUGAGAUUCUUCAAGGAGAUGCUGUGUGCAGAGGGCCAGGCCUGCUCAAGUUCACAUCUGCUUCACAGCGACCCAUAACAGCACUAAUGCAUGCCAUGCCUGGAUAUACCAUUAGGCAUGGAUAUGCACCCCCAAAUGCCACCCUAGGGCAAAAGUGGGUAUGCCAGGAGACCCGUGUCCAGUGUCACUCACCAAGGACACACACUAGGCUGUGGACACAGUCACAUCGGUGCGUGCUGGUCCCUGCAGGCACCAAACCCUCUCCCCACCUCUUCCCUGGGCCCCCCAGACAUCCUCAAGUCCCCCCUGAUCAUCUUCGUGAUGGGCGGCCCAGGUUGUGGCAAAGGGACACAAUGCAAGAACAUGGCGACCAAAUAUGGCUUCUGCCAUGUGGGGCUGGGCCAGCUGCUGCGGCAGGAGGCCCAACGCAGCACCCAGCGGGGCCGGAAGAUCCAUGACAUCAUGCUGCAGGGGCUCCUGGUGCCCAUGGGCAUCAUCCUAGACAUGAUCAGCAACGCCAUGUUAUCUCGCCCAGAGAGCCGGGGCUUCCUCAUUGACGGCUUCCCGCGGGAGCUGAGGCAGGCCAAGGAGUUUGAGCGCAUUGUGGGCCGGGCCCCAGACAUCGUCAUCAUGUUUGACUGCUCCAUGGACACGAUGGUUCGGAGAGCGCUGCGCCGGGGCCGCAUAGAGCACCGGGCAGAUGACUGUGAGUCAGCCAUCCGCCAGCGCCUGGAGACGUACUACACGCUGUGUGAGCCAGUCUUGACCUUCUAUCAGCAGAAGAACCUGCUCUGUAAUAUCUUGGCAGAAGCAGCUCCAGAAAACAUUUUUGCUAAGUGCUGUUCUGUCAUUGAAAGCCUGCAGUGAUGGGAGGGGCUGGGGGCUCUGCCUUCGCCCUCAUCCCAGAACCCACACGGGGUUCAGAAGGG